GGUGUCCUCGGCCACCAGCAGUACGGUCCCUCUGCGGCGCUGAUGGCCACUGGGACAGCUGCAGCGAAUUUGAAGACACACGGGCUUAUAUUACGCGGGAACAGAUUGACUUCGCCGCCCCCUGUGCUGCUCGGUUGUGUUAGACCGCGAUUCUUGACCAUGUCGAACGAGGUUGUGGAAGCCAUGUCACAACACUUUCUCGAGAACUGCUUGACCGUAUCUGCUCAAGUGUUGUGCUGCUAUGACUUCCUCCUGACCUUCACGCGCGACGUGCGCUUUAUGUGGAAGCUCAAGCCCUCCGUCGGCUCUGUCCUCUUCUUCGCGCUGCGCUACUCCGCGCCCUUCAAUACCAUCGCGGUCGUCUUUGGCUAUUUGUUUCAAGGAAGCUGGCAGAGUCAGCUGAGUUGCACAAUCAUGGCGCGCCUUCAGAUGGUAGGGGACGUCCUGAUUUUGACGUGCGCCGCGAUCUUCACGGCCCUGCGCAUAUAUGCGCUUUCGGGAAAUAGUAAAUGGCGCCUGGGAUUCAUGCUCGUCCUGGGUCUGCUCAAUCCGGUGAUCUCUACGUACACGUUCGUCCUCUCCACACCCUACCUCGCGCACAUCACGCCGCAAUUUCAAACGUGCAACAUCAACACCCAAGUCUUCGGAUAUAGGUGGAUGAUGGCUGGACGGGCAUCCGCUGUCGUCUUCGAUGCUAUCGCGUUACUCCUUACCUGGCUCAGAAUCAAGCAUAUGGUAGGUGCGAGCCGUCGGACGGAUGGCUCCGGGAUGAAUCGCCGCAGUAUGUCAGGCAUGGGGAACAUGUCAGUUGUCCUCAUGAGUGAUAGUGCGACCUAUUUCGGGUUCCUAACUGUGAUCAACGCGGCGGGAAUCGCUUUUCGGAGAUUUCUCGAGGCCGCGUCAACAUGGAGCGCAGUGAUGACAUCAAUCCUGCUCAGCCGUCUCAUCCUCGACCUUCACCAGGCAAGCUCGGAGGACUACGAGGGCGGGACGUACUUCUCGCGCGCGUUAACAACGAUGCUGUUCAAGCAACCUCCCGGUACAAGUGAAGAGUUCAUGGGUCAUGAACUCGAGCUGCCGGUGGAGGAUGAAGACGACAGCGCGGCGAUGCAUGUAUAACAUCAGAGGAACUCGGACACGAUGGCGCUCAGUCACGGUGUUGACGUCACCAUGCUUGGAAUUCGACGCACGGUUAGUAUUGGUUAUGAUGGACUCACUUUGAGGACUGGAUAUUUCGCAGUGCCGUGUGUAUGUUGAUCUUGGCCGGUGUACCAUUUUUCCGGUAUGCUUUCGGAUGAGCAGUCUAUGUAGAUGUACAACGAUAGUAGAGGGCCCCUCGCUGGCGUCCCCGAUAAGUACCGCGUACGUGAACAAACUUGCCAGUCGUUCAGAUUCACGAUAGGUACGCGACACAAAUAUUGGAGUCUUGUCACAUGUUGGGUAGCCUCCCUGGGCAGAGUGGACAAUUCCUUCCAGCCUCCGUGCGCUCGCUCGAUGUAUU